AAAAACUAAAAAAUAUACUUUGAUGCUUGAGCAGCUUCCACUUGUAGUAAUUUUCCCUCUCCUUUUCUGCUGUAUAUUUCUGGGAAAUGGUGUGUGUAGGUUAGGGCUUUUGUAAUCCAGCAAGUGUGUUGCACGCGCCAGAGCUUCCCCCAAAUUGAAGAUGAAGCUGAAGCAGUUAGAGAGCCUUCUCGGCUCUCUUCAACAGUUCGAUAACCCCAAGAUUGAAUUGGAACAAUAUCCAACCGGACCCCACAUCGCAUCUCGAUUGCUCUACACUGCAGAGAAUUCAUUCGGGGAUGUGACGGAUAAAGUCGUGGCCGAUUUCGGUUGUGGCUGCGGUACACUGGGAUUGGCUGCUGCUCUUUUGGGUGCAGAGCAUGUUAUUGGAUUUGAUAUCGACGCGGAAUCUAUCGAAAUUGCAUACUCUAAUGCAGAUGAACUAGAGUUAGACAUGGAUUUCGUUCAAUGUGAUAUCAGGAACUUAGGGCUGUCAGAUAGAAAUAUUGAUACCGUUGUAAUGAAUCCUCCAUUUGGAACGAGGAAGAAAGGAGCUGACAUGGAAUUUCUAUCCGUGGCUUUAAAGGUUGCUUCUCAGGCAGUUUAUUCUUUGCAUAAGACCACAACAAGAGAUCACAUCAAAAGAACAGCUUUGAGAGACUAUAAUGCACGUAGUGCCGAAGUUGUAUGCGAGCUUCGGUUUGAUGUGCCCCAACUCUACAAAUUUCACAAGAAAAAGGAAGUUGACGUGGCUGUGGAUCUCUGGCGAUUCGUUCCGAAAACCGAUAGAUCAAAGGAUUCGUAGCUUUGUGUAUUUGAGCUUCUUUCACAACUUUGAAAAAAAAUUGCAAUGUGCACUUUUGUAUUGUAAGAGAAAAUUGAUUUUCUCACUACUCAUCCAGAUUAUAUUUAUGAUAUUUAGAAACAAAUGUGAGCAUAUAUAAUAUGUAUAAUUAUAUAUAUCCGAUUUAUACGACCAUAUGCAUCGGCUAAAUGUAAAAUUUCGAAACGAAUCUCUACAAAACUGUGAUCAAUAUUACACCAAAACAUAACCUUCC